CUUAAUUGCUGCGCCAUCUUUCCAGACCCUUCUUCCGUGUGUUUUGAUGCAGAUCCAGCCUCACUCACAAGAACCGCUCAAGCUAAAGGGGAAAGAUCUGUCCGAACAGGGCCGGCAUCUUCCAGCCGGCAUCUCUGGAAGUUUUGAGGCCAGGUUCUCUGCUCGACGCCGCGGCUCCCCAAAUCAUUUGACUCACACUUCUGCUUCUAGGACUUUGCCCUACAGACCGCCUGGUUUAAGCAAAACGAUAGUACUUUCUGGGUGUCUAGAAUGUUCCGAGAUACAACAGUGACCAGGCGUCACCCAGGACCUCUAGGGGCUGACAUUCCCUGGAGGAGAGAAUCGGUCCUACAGUCCCAGGAGUGGAAGGCCCUGAUGGAAGCUGAGCUGUCACCAGCUUGAAGCCUGCACUUUGGGGAAGUGGAUAAACUCAGCAGGAGUUUGCAGCCCCAUGGCCGAGCCUAGGAUCUCCGGGGCCUCCUAUUUCAGCCUGUACUGUGACCACAGGAAGUCCUGGGAUGCGAUCGGGAGUGACUCCUCCUGCAGCCGAGGCUUGCAUAAGACCCGCGGAGGCGGGCGAGUCCCUGGUGUCCAGAGCCGCCCUCCGCGCUUGGGGCGUGGCCGCCGCCGCUGCUUUAUCUGUGACUCCGCGGCGGGGCCGCAGCAGACAGCUAUCAGCUCUGCUCUGGCCACAGUUUCCUGCCCAGGACCCCGGCAUGGCGAUGGCAGUAGCCCAGAAGUUCAGCCACCUGCUGUCCAGCCUGUGGCACGUGGGCCAGAAGCCUCUGCAGCCGGAGCCCGUGUUCACGGUGGGCCGGGCUGAGGUGCCACCUCUCUUCUGGAAGCCAUACAUCUACGCCGGCUACCGGCCGCUGCAUCAGACCUGGUGUUUCUACUUCCGCACGCUCUUCCAACAGCACAAUGAGGCUGUGAACGUGUGGACCCACCUGCUGGCCGCCCUGGUGCUGCUGCUGCGCCUGGUCAUCCUGGUGGGGAGUGUGGACUUCCGGGAGGACCCGCACGCCCUGCCGCUCUUCAUCAUCGUCCUGGCCUCCUUCACCUACCUCUCCUUCAGUGCCCUGGCGCACCUCCUGCAAGCCAAGUCGGAAUUUUGGCACUACAGUCUCUUCUUCCUGGACUACGUGGGCGUAGCCGUGUACCAGUUUGGCAGUGCCCUGGCACACUUCUACUACGCCAUUGAGCCCUCCUGGCAUGCCCGGGUACAGGCCAUCUUCCUGCCCAUGGCUGCCUUUUUGGCCUGGCUGUCUUGUGCCGGCUCCUGCUACAACAAGUACAGUCAAAAACCAGGCCUGCUGGGCAGAACUUGCCAGGAGGUGCCCUCGGCGCUGGCCUAUGUGCUGGACAUCAGCCCCGUGGUGCACCGCAUCAUAGUGUCCCCUCUCUCUGCCGAGGAUGACCCCGCUCUUCUCUAUCACAAGUGCCAGGUGGUUUUCUUUCUUCUGGCCGCUGCGUUUUUCUCCACCGUCAUGCCCGAGAGUUGGUUCCCCGGCAGCUGCCACAUCUUUGGGCAGGGACACCAAGUUUUCCAUGUCUUUUUGGUGCUGUGCACACUGGCCCAGCUAGAGGCUGUGACGCUGGACUAUCAGGCCCGGAGGCCCAUCUAUGAGCCUCUGCAUGCCCGCUGCCCCCACAACUUCUCUGGCCUCUUCCUGCUCACCGUGGGCAGCAGCACCCUCACCGCCCUGCUUCUCAGCCAGCUGGUGCGGCGCAAACUCCGUCAGAAGACUAAGUGAAAGGUGGCAGGGUGGGAGCUGGCAGGGCGAGAGAAGGCGCUAGAAGGGACAAAGGCCUGGACUUGGCUCCAGAUGGGAACAAGGCCUGGUAAAGUUGUUUCUAUCUGGCAGGCCAUGACUCCCUGCCUACAAGCUCACUGGUCAUGAUGGUACUAGCCAAUCCUUGGACCUGGGGAUUGACUGGGAGUUACAGCGUCCCUGACCAGUUCCCUGCCCUGGGAGGGGAAGAGACAAGGGAGUAGAUCUUUCUCAAUGUUCCUUCCUUGCUUCCUAUCAGGGCUAACGGUUGGGGUCCAGCUCUGGUCAGUACCCUGGUCUGGGGGUUCCAGGUUGUCGGGUGGGAGAUGAGUCCUUGGCCAGAGUCACAUUUGAGCUGAGAGGGAGAGGAAGCCUCAGCGGCCAUCCUUCUACCACAUUUCACUGGUGGAGGGGAAGGAAACAGGUCAAAAGAUGGGUAGCAUUUUAAUCUUACUGUCUCCUGCACCCCAGCCUGAAUCACUGGGUUCUAGAGAGCCUCCAAAGACACAGAUCCCCACCC